UGGACUCCUAGAGGUACAUAAGAGAGGUAACCAGCAAGAGUGAAGGUGAAGUGGGAAAGGGCACAGGGAUCCUCAUGAGGCUUCUUCCAAAAGCACAAUGAUUUUUAAAUGGUAAAUUUCCUCUUGGUCCUAGUUCCUUCAACACUGUUCACUACUCAUUCAGCUGCCUUUACUUUUCUUUAACAAUUAAAUUCUGCAUGUGACUAUCAUAUCUAUGUUCAGGAGUACACAGAAUUUAUUGAAAAUCAUAGAAUGUGGUUUAUCACCUACAUUCCAAAAAUCUAGUCCCCAUUCUGUAGCAUUCUAAGCUGCAGAGAGGUGUGGAGUGAGAUGUACGUACUGCACACAUUUUCCAAGGUUUCCUGGUGACACUUAUACCCUACCUAUAAACUUGAAUCACAUGCAUGUUAGUUUCAUAGAUUUUCUUUUUCCUUUUUUUAUCUUUAUAGUUUCUUUUGGACCAAUCACAAGCAAUGGAAUCUCUAAGCAUGGCAACCCUAAACUCUACUCACUGGAAUGAGACUGCCAGCACCAGUAGCCCACCCACCACCACGUCCGCCUACCAGUACAUUGGCUUUCAGGUCCAAAAAGUUUACCCUUUCCAUGAUAACUGGAACACAGCCUGCUUUAUCAUCAUGCUUUUAUUUAUAUUUACGGUUGUCUCUCUGAUGCUUCUGGCCUUCAUUUAUGAAGUGCUUGACUGCUGCUGCUGUGCCAAAGACAAAACCAUGAGCGACUUGGAGAGUGAGCCAAGCCCUCUGCGAACCAUGAUGGACAACAUCAGAAGACGGGACACUGAAGUGGUUUAAUGCCCAAGGGGUCACCAGGAUGACCCAAGACAGAAUGCUGGCACAAAGUCUCUGACCUCUGCUCAGGGGGAAGAGAGCAGAGUCCUGAGGUCUUGACCCCACCGGGGUAACAUUGAUCCCAGCCAGGCAUGAUGGGGGGGAGUUCAAGGGGCUAGGAGAGUCCAACCAUCAACUCUUUGGUUACCCUUGUGUAAGAAGACUCUGUAGCACAAGUUUAAUAUGUCCCUCUUUGAGUGGGUCUCCCUGUAUGUAUCCAUAGUAAAAUCCUUAUAAAUACAGUUUUGAAAA